ACCCAAAUUCCUACAGUAAAGCAUAUAUUUAUUCGAGAAUUCCAAUCCUAAAAUGUCUAUAUCUAUUACCACCAACUUCUUAUCUCGAUUCUCUAUAAUCAAACCCUAUCAUUUCGCAUCUACAAUACCAUCGAUAUUCACUAAUUAUCAUUCAACACAGGUUUCUGUAAACCGACGUCGUUUUGUAACGUAUGCGAUGAAUCCGGAUCUUGAUUCACCGGCGAAAAAUCCAGGGCUCCGGAGUGACCCGCCGGAUGAAGCUACUAAAGGAUACGUCAUGCAACAAACGAUGUAUCGGAUUAAGGAUCCGAAGGCAAGUCUUGAGUUCUACUCGAAAGUACUUGGAAUGUCAUUGCUUAAGAGACUGGAUUUUCCAGAUAUGAAAUUUAGCUUGUACUUUAUGGGCUAUGAGGAUAUCUCAUCAGCUCCCAUUGAUCCGGUUGAGCGUACCCAAUGGACAUUUGCAAAGAAUGCUACUAUUGAGCUUACACACAACUGGGGCACUGAGACUGAUUCUAAAUUCCAAGGGCAUCACAAUGGAAACUCAGAACCUCGAGGAUUUGGCCAUAUUGGUGUAGCAGUUGAUGAUGUACAGAAAGCCUGUAGUAGAUUCACAGACCUCAUGGUUCCAUUUGUUAAAAAGCCCGAUGAAGGCAAACUGAAAGGGAUCGCAUUCAUUAAAGAUCCUGAUGGUUACUGGAUUGAAAUAUUUGACUGUAAAGGCAUUACUAAUGUAGCUAUGGCUGCUGGCUCCAAAACCUGAGUAAAGGAGGUGUUUCUGUUUCGUGAUGAAGAUGAGCUUGUAAUAGUAGUAAAGUUCAACUCUUGCCAGCUAGUGUUAUUUUAUUUUCUAUUUUAUUUUCUAUUGUUUGUUCUCAUAAAGUGCAUUCGUAUCUGGAAUAGCUUUGUUCACCCUCAUAAAAAGCAUCUGGCCUAUGUUCUUGUGGGAAUGAAGAAGAAACAUGUUGAAGGUACAAGAAAGGCUUGAAUAUGAUACACCUUAACCUAUGCUUGAACUUAAUAUGAUACUUCAGCCAAGUCUUUUAGCUCAA